GGUGGUCGGUACACAUGGAGAGGAGGAGAGGGGGUCAACAGUGGAAAGGGAGUCAGUUAGGUCAUGCGCCUGAGAAGCUCAACCGUUUUCAUACUGCAGAAAGGAAGAGAGAGAUUGGUACACAUUCACUCGUGUGAAGACACUGUUCGCAAUCCUUCCCCACAUUUUAUGCUUCAUUUCUGAUUGUUCCUGAGGGAGAGGGAGAGAGAUUGAUGGGUGGGAGGAAUGGUGGCAGAAUGGAAGGGGAAGAGCUUAAACAGCAGCAGAAUGGCGGUGGUGUUGGCGGAAAUGCGGGGUUGUACGUGAAGGUGAUGACGGAUGAGCAAAUGGAGCUGCUGAGGCGCCAAAUCUCCGUCUACGCCACCAUCUGCGAGCAACUGGUGGAGAUGCACAAGGCCAGCACUGCCCAACAGGAUUCUGUUGCCGGAAUGAGGCUGGGUAACAUUUAUGCGGACCCAUCAAUGGCAGCUGCUGGCCACAAAGUCACCACAAGACAACGUUGGACACCAAGCCAAAUGCAGCUUCAAAUUCUCGAGAGUAUCUUUGAACAGGGAAAUGGAACACCAAGCAAGCAAAAAAUAAAAGAGAUCACUGCAGAACUAUCGCAACAUGGACCAAUUUCAGAAACUAAUGUGUAUAAUUGGUUCCAGAACAGGAGAGCACGGUCAAAGAGAAAGCAGCAGGGGACUUCAGCAAACAUCGAAUCAGAAGUGGAUACAGAAGUAGAAUCACCACAGGAAAAGAGAAGUAAGGCUGAAAACAUCAAUUUCCCAGAGAACCCAGCUUUGCAUGUGGAUGGCUUGAGCUUUCGGGGUCAAGAAGUUAGCUCCUACAUGCGCUCCAUGGACCCACAACCCAGCAAAAUGCUGCAUAUGCAGUCUAAUGAUGAUUCCAAAUCAUCUGGAAAUUUGACUCCCUUUUCCUUCUUGGAGAACAUGCUGACAAAUCCAAGGAUGGAGCACCUUAUGGGAAAGAUGGAAGGUCCAGCAAGCUUUAACCCGUUUCACGGAAAUGAAGGUUUCGACAUGAUUGGUUAAAGUCAUCAUUUCUUGCCUUUUGAGAACCUCAAGUUCACCAAGCAAUACAUCUCAGAAGAGAGCUUUCAGAAUAAAUACACAUUGCACAGAAUACAGUUCAACAAUACGGUAGAUACAGUCAUAACAGUCGCCUGAAGGGCUGGAUUUUUCCACUUGGUGUGUCCGAUCUUCAUGUCAGGCAUGUUUGUCAUUUUAUUUUCCUAUCUUGCUGGUUCUUUUACGUAUAUAAACAGAUGAAAAAGAAUUUUGUUGCAGAGAGGUGUUGGCUCCUUGUCAAUGACUUUUGUGCGCCUCCUUAGUCAUUGUAAAGUUGAUUUUUCACAGUGGAAGGAUUGUGCUAACUGUAAUGAGAAUUUUCAUGGUGCAAUGGAAUUCAGGGUAGCAUUCUUAAUGGAAAAGGGUUCGUCUAAUUUUCAAUUA